AUGUUCGUGUCAUGGCUGCAGGUGCGUGACACCAGCGGCCGCUGGCACCCGUAUGCGCCUCCCGACGGUGGCGCUGCUUCCGCCCGCAGACCUGUCGGCACUCUGGCAAGGGGCAGUGGAGCUGAACAGACGGUCAGUCAGUCAGCCGGCCGUUGCACACACCACAAACAAUCUCCUACUCGGUGUAUGCCAUUGCUGGUGGCUUCCCUUGUUGCAGGCUACCGACAGUGUGGGCCGCCGUGCUCUGGAGUUGACCAACGAAAGCCGACUCGCGAGCGGCCGGCCUCGCUUGCAGUGGUCCCAGGUCAAUCAGCCGGCAACUAUCGGCCGGCAUCCACGUACGAAUGUGUGCUUCGUGUCGUCCGUGUUGGAUUGUUUGCAGGAACUCGCAACCAAGGCCGCACACCACCUGGUGGCGGUGGCCUCCACCACCACCACUUUCACCACCACCACCACCACCUGCCGAUGAGGGGCUGUCCACGCCCGUCAUGGGAGACUGGGACAAUGAGCCCCCCCUGCCGUGGCACACCGAGGAUCAGCACAACACCAACGCCACAGCCUUAAGAUGGACACCACCGCUGCCGCUGCCGCUGCCGCUGCCGCUGCUGCUGCUGGGGGUGGGGGUGGGGG